CACGGGUCUCAACCAAUUACAUUUGUGAAUGAGUUAUUACAACAUUGUAAGCGGCUCGGAGUUGCCGUUGAUGGGUGUCGACUAGAAGCGAUGGACUGGCAUGGCAUGGCCCGGCUCGGAUUCCUCCUGCUGGCGCUGCGCGGGCUGCGGGGGCUGAGCGCCGCCUGCCCCGCCGCCUGCACCUGCACCGCGGCGCGGAUCGCCUGCGUCGACGGCGCGGCGCCGAGCGUCGAGGAUUUCCCGGUGCUCGCGCCGGACGACGCGGAAAACAUCACCGACAUAUACAUCGCGAAUCAAAACAGGUUGUUUGAGCUCAACGAGAACAGUCUGAGGCACUACAUAAAUCUCCGGAACCUAACCGUGACCAGGACCAGACUGACGUCCGUCUCCCCGGGUGCCUUUUACAACAACACAAGACUGCAAUACGUGAAUUUGCGAGACAACAACCUGUCGACGCUGUCAUGGAAGACCUUUGCGAACUAUAACAUCUCUUAUCCGCUCCUGCUGACCGGGAACCCUCUGGACUGCGUCUGCGAGAAUCUCUGGAUCAAACUGAGGAGCCUGGAAGAACCCGACGGCCAAGAUCUGGAAUGCAAGGACGAGCGAGGAGCAACAAAAGCCUUCGCCGCGCUCACUCCGCCCGACUGCGUUGUUCCUCAAGUAGAGGUCACCCCGACGUCGGUGACCGAGAUGCAGGGCGGCGAUGUCGAAGCGUUGUGUAGCGCUUCGGGCUCGCCGCCUCCGGAGAUCUCGUGGAACCUGGAGGUGAUUUUCUCGCACUAUGAGACUGACCCCACGGAGGCGGCCAACAGGCUGACCUUAACCGACCUCUCUCCCGAGGACAACGGGCAGGUGAUCACGUGCACUGCUGAGAACAUGGUGGGUCAGACGGAGGCCACCCUGCAGCUCAACAUCCACUUCGCCCCCACCAUCCAGCAGCUGUUGGAACCGGAGCAGGGCCACCACUGGUGCAUCCCCUUCAGCAUGACGGGCAACCCCAAGCCGGAGCUGCAGUGGUACUUUGAGAACGUGACGCUGGAGGAGCAGGACUACAUCCGAACCAUGAUCCACCAGUCCACCAAGAGCGAGUACCACGGCUGCUUGCAGCUGGUCAACCCCACGCACAUCCACAACGGCGUCUACCGCCUGGUGGCCAAGAACCGAUACGGCCGCGACGAGAAGAUGGUGGCGGCGCAGUUCAUCGACCCGCCCUACAACCACACGGAAGAUCCUUACUACUACUACUCGCCACUUCCGCCAAUGGAUGACAGCAUUGCUGUUUACGUGGUGGUGGGAAUCGCUGGCGUGGCUCUGAUGGGUUGCGUUCUAAUGGUCAUCAUUCUUAAAUAUGGAAGGAACUCCAAGUUUGGGAUUAAAGGCUCAUCGUCAGUCAUCAGCAACGACGACGACUCGGCCAGCCCCAUCCACCACGUCUCCAACGGCAACAACACGCCGUCGUCCUCCGAGAUGGCGCCCGACGCCGUCAUCAUCGGGAUGACCAAGAUCCCCGUCAUCGAGAACCCGCAGUACUUCGGAAACACGGGCAGCAUCUUGAAACCGGACACGUUCGUGCAGCAUAUCAAGAGGCACAACAUCGUGCUGAAGCGCGAGCUGGGCGAGGGCGCCUUCGGCAAGGUCUUCCUGGCCGAGUGCUACAACCUGACACCCGACCACGACAAGAUCCACGUGGCCAUCAAGACCCUGAAGGAGGCCAGCGAGAGCGGGCGUGCCGACUUCUACCGGGAGGCGGAGCUUCUCACCAACCUGCAGCACGAGCACAUCGUCACCUUCUACGGCGUGUGCGUGGACAGCGACCCCCUCAUCAUGGUCUUUGAGUACAUGAAGCACGGAGACCUCAACAAAUUCCUCAGGUCCCACGGCCCGGACGCGGUGCUGAUGGCGGACGGGCAGCACAGCAUCCUGGUGGAGCUGACCCAGUCGCAGAUGCUGCACAUCGCGCAGCAGAUCGCGGCCGGGAUGGUCUACCUGGCGUCGCAGCACUUUGUGCACAGGGACUUGGCCACCAGGAACUGCCUGGUGGGCGAGAACCUGCUGGUCAAGAUCGGGGACUUUGGCAUGUCCAGAGACGUCUACAGCACCGACUACUACAGAGUGGGGGGCCACACGAUGCUGCCCAUCCGCUGGAUGCCCCCGGAGAGCAUCAUGUACCGACGCUUCACCACUGAGAGCGACGUGUGGAGCCUGGGCGUGGUCCUCUGGGAGAUCUUCACCUACGGCAAGCAGCCCUGGUACCAGCUCUCCAACAACGAGGUCAUCGAGUGCAUCACGCAGGGCCGCGUGCUCCAGCGGCCGCGCACCUGCCCCAAGGAGGUUUACGACCUGAUGCUGGGCUGCUGGCAGAGGGAGCCCUACAUGAGGCUCAACAUCAAGGAGAUCCACGCCAUGCUCCAGAGCCUCGCCAAGGCCUCCCCCGUCUACCUGGACAUACUGGGCUGAGGCCAUUGCGACUACGCCCUGCUGUACAGUACGCGCGUGUGUGUGUGUGUGUGUCGGAGGGAGGGCGUCUGGCCGUGUAAAGUUCCUAGCGUUAAAAGAGGUGCUGAUAAUCCUCUCCGUGUAAAUGUCCCCUGUAAAUGUUAACCGUCGUCAAUGCGUUGAGAAGAAGCCUUAAAUGCGGGACUCAUUUCUGCUUUACGUAUCCACUCGCCGUGCGUACAGUAGCAGGCAGGUUUCGGCA